AUUUUGUAGUCAGUUGCAGCCUGUUGUCGGCCAUAAUGGUGUUCGAGGCUUGCUGCCUGAGCCAGGAGGAGGCCGAACAAAGGGCCAAAUCUAAAAAAAUAGACAAACAACUUGCCCAGGAGAAGGUACAGUACCGUCGUCAAGUCAAAGUCUUGCUUUUGGGCGCCGGGGAGAGCGGGAAAAGCACGUUCCUAAAGCAAAUGCGCAUCAUUCAUGGCAGGGAUUUCGACAACGAUGCAUUGAAUGAAUUUCGCCCAAUCAUUUAUGCUAACAUCCUCAAGGGGAUGAAAGUCCUAGCUGAUGCCCGAAGGAAAUUGAGGCUCGAAUGGAGUGAUGAGAUGAACCAAGUUAACGCAGAAAAGAUCUUAGCUUUCACGGCACCACAAAUGAUCGACACAGACCUCUUCAUGAGUUACUUCGAUUGUGUCAGGAGACUCUGGCGGGAUAGGGGAAUUCAAGAUGCUUACGACAGAAGGAGAGAAUUUCAGCUGGGCGAUUCUUCCAAGUAUUUCCUUGACCAUUUGCAUCGGAUUGGUCGUCCGGAUUACAUGCCCUCAAAACAAGAUGUCCUUCAUGCAAGAAAAGCAACAAAAGGUAUUGUAGAGCAUGAGUUUAUGAUCAAGGGAAUCCCUUUCAAAAUGGUAGAUGUAGGUGGUCAAAGAUCACAAAGAGCCAAGUGGUUUCAGUGCUUUGAUGAGGUAACAUCCAUCCUUUUCCUGGUAUCGUCAAGUGCUUUUGACCAGGUUCUAAUGGAAGACAGAACAACGAAUCGUCUGGUGGAGUCCUGCAACAUAUUUGAGACUAUAGUCAACAAUAAGUUCUUUGCCAAUGUUUCUAUCAUCCUCUUUCUCAACAAGACAGAUCUUUUAAUGGAAAAGAUCAAAUAUGCAAACAUUAAAGACUACUUCCCAGCUUUUAUAGGUGAUCAAAGGAAACUGGAAGAUGUUCAGAACUUUAUUUUACAAAUGUUUGAUAGCAAGCGACGAGAGAGGUCUAAAGCUCUCUUUCAUCACUUCACGACAGCCAUCGACACAGAAAAUAUCAAGUUUGUUUUCCAUGCAGUGAAAGACACUAUAUUACAGGAGAAUUUGAAGUCUUUGAUGCUGCAGUAACUCAGAAGUGCAAAGUAUAUUGCCACAUGAUGUUUUCAAGAAAUUUCAAUUAAAAGGGUUUUGCAAGACGUACUAAAGGUUAACAACGUACACUACAAAGACAGGAGUGUAGUUAUUCAUUUCUCAUUUUGCCACUAGGAGUGCCAACACAAAGACAGUCCAAUUACUGGCCAUAUCUUUGAGAAUGUUUAUUUACAGAAGAAAGCUUAAUUGCUAAAGCAUACAUAACAAUAAAAGCCUCUAACUUGUAAAUCUUCCAAAAGGUAGCUUUUUGUACUUUUUUCUUAGGGUAAUUUGAAAAUAUCCUGGUUCUGAACUGGUCAGUGUUAUCUACUCGAUUAUGAGUUUUUCUAAUCUAUUGUGUAAAGUCUAUAUAUUAUAGUCUGUGAUCAUUGAUUUUUUGAAAGAAAGGGUCAUAUUCUUCAUUUAUAUGCUGGCUAUGACCAAUUUUUUUAUAAUGGUAAUGAUAGUACAAUUUAAAGUGUUUUGAUUAAAGUUUGAAUGUUGUAACUUAUGGAAGUUCUUUCAAAGAACUGAGACUGGCUAGAGUGUCAAUGUCUCACUUUAUUACGGUCAGUUUUGAAACACACUUGCAAAUAUUGUAAAAAUCUGGAUGCUGCUAAGUCGAAGAAAACUAUUUUGUAACUGAAUUAGAGAAUUAUCUUUUUGAUUUAUUAUACUAAGUGCGUUAAGUGAUGUGAUGAACAAGAAUAACUUGCCACUGCCAAGCUGUGGUUAAUUAUUGAGGUAAUUUUAUUUUCAUAUUUUCCAACUGAAGUGCCUGACUCUGUUGCAACUGUCUAAGAUUAGGAUUUGUAUACCAUUCUUUGUUUUCUCAGAAAAUCUUUGGGUGAAGUUUUCUUUUUUCGGUGUUCUUGCCCCUUUUUAAUCAUUUUUGCCAUGAACAGUUGACCUUAAAAAUGCAAUGUUUUUGCAAGGAUUUUUUUCUAUUAUUUAUCUCUGUUUCUCCACUUUUCUUUAAUGCACUAUCAUCAUCACUUACAUACAGAAUUUGAAGCAGGAAUAACAUGAUGCAAAAAGUGGCAGUGAGGGAUGGCAUUCCACAUGCAUGAUACAAAAUGGCUACAAUUUGAAUUCACUUUAUUUGUCCAUGGGUUUUAAUAGAAGCUAGGUACUGGUGGUUUACAGUGUCCCUUUAAGAUUUUUCUCUGCUGUCUGUUUAACCUGCAAGCAGGAUAAACACCCACCUAUGGUAUCACCAGCUGCUGCUCAUGGAAAAAGUUAUUGAGACCCCCAUUUGUUUAAAUUUAUUUAGCAAGGAGAGCUUUCAUUUGCUAUAAAAGUAAAAUAAUUGCAAAUUAAUCGUGCACUGUGUGUCCUUAUAUAAACCUGAGUUGAGAACAAUUUAUCAUUAUAGUUCUAAUUAAACUAUAGCAGUAACUGGGAAUGAACUUUGAAUUUCUUUUAAGAAUAAAAAUGACAAACUUUAGCUUCUUAUAUUUUAAGAUUGUGGAGCAUUAGUAGUAACAACAGGUCGUAGAUAGAAAGUACAAGAUUAAUAAAAAAAAUUGACUUGUGUAGUAA